GCUCAGGACAGGUAAACAACGAACGAAUGAAUGAAUUCCUGGGACCUCCGCAGCUUAGUAAGGCUACCCUGAGUUCUCACAACCCUUCCAGGAGACUGGGCCGGCACGGGCAGGCCGCCGCCCGGGUGAGCUCCCGACCGCGGGGAACGAAGCGGGGAAGGCCUGACGGCCCCGAGACCCAGGGCCACCGGGAACCCGGCGCGCCCACCUGAAAACCAUCGGGGAAAGUGGUGGAAAACGACGCCAGGAGGGUGCUAGUCUCAGGAGUCAAGGUGCCCAACCCCGGGGGCCAAACCCUCAGGGAGAACGAGAUCGGAGGGCGAAGGAGCCUUUUCCCGGUUCUGGCUGCGGGAAGAACCCGGGCUGGCAGCCUCGCGAGAUCUGGGGUCGGGAUUUCUCUGCGUUGCCUAGCGACGGGGAGGACGCUCGCGGGCCCCCAGGCUAACCCCCGCUGUAGCCUUAAAUCUCCUACCAUGGGGGAAGAAGGCGGCGGCCGCGGCUGUGGGACCACUAGGGAGCUGCAGAAGCUGAAGCAGCAGGCGAUGGAGUACUACCGGGAGAACGACGUUCCACGCAGGCUGGAAGAGCUGCUCAACUCCACCUUCUACCUCCAGCCUGCCGACGUCUACGGGCACCUGGCAAACUGCUUUUCGAAACUUGCAAAGCCUCCCACCAUAUGCAGAGUAGUGGGGAAAAAUGUACUGGAUGGACUGGGGCUUCCAACCCUACAAGUGGAAAUAUUCUGCACCGUUCAAAAUUUUCCCAAGAACAUAUGUUCUGUGGUGAUCUCAACUCACUUCGAAGUCCAUGAGAACGCUUUACCCGAGCUAGUUGAAGCGGAGAACAUAGAGAGGUCGGAGGCCGUCAGCACGGCCGUGCGGUGGGUCAACGAAACCAUCACCCAGGAGCUUCGAGGGAUGGCACCCUCCAGCCAGGCCGAGGUGGACCAGGUGCUCAGGACAUUCUUUGAAAAUAAAGUACAAGAAGAUAAGGAGAGAAAAGAAUCGGAAAAGAGCCUGGAAGACUCAGCAGUGCCUGUAUCUUCACCUCUAACACCACCAGCACCUCCUCCACCUCCAACCAAAAAAAAGGGACAAAAACAAGGGAGGAAGGAUACCUUUACAGAAACACCAAUUCUACCUCCAGAACCUGGCGAACCGGUACUCUGUGGCAGCAUGGCCAUUGGGGCUGUGUCACUUGCUGUUGCCAAAACCAGCGCCAUGCUGGACAGUAAUCCUCUCUACUUAAAUAUUGCGUUACUGAAGCACCAGCAGGAACAGCCAGCAAAGCUAACUGUACCUCUGCUGAUGGUGUCUCUGGUCAGCUGUGGGAAGUCCUCACCUGGGAAGCUGAAUUUAAUGAAAGAAGUGAUUUGUAUACCCCAUCCUGGAUUAACAGCUAAACAAGGUGUGGAGAUGCUUCUGGAAAUUCAGAAACAUAUUAACAGAACAAUUGAAAUGCCCCCUCCUCCAAAAACAGAGACAAAAAAAGGUCACAAUGGAGGCAAAAGAAGUCAACAGCCAAUCACUGGCAAGAUGUCCCAUCUUGGCUGUUUAACCAUUAAUUAUGACACCACAGAGCAGCCACUGCUUCUAAUACAAGGGAUCUGUGCGAACCUAGGGCUGGAAAUGGGAACAAAUCUGCAUCUAGCCAUCAACUGUGCUGCGCACGAGCUGAUGGACUAUAGUAAAGGAAAGUAUGAAGUGAUGAUGGGAACCUACAAAAAUGCAGCUGAGAUGGUUGACCUGUAUGUGGAUCUGAUCAACAAGUUCCCUUCGAUUAUUGCCUUAAUUGAUCCUUUCAGGAAGGAGGACUCUGAACAGUGGGACAGCAUCUACAAUGCUCUUGGUUCCAGGUGUUACAUAAUUGCAGGAACUGCAUCCAAAAGCAUUCCUAAACUUCUAGAGGAUGGGAACGUCAGUGUCCUCAGACAGAGUGGGCUCAUCAUAAAACACACGAAUCAAACCACGGUGUCUGACUUGGUGGAAAUAACCAAUCUUAUGGACAGUAAGAAGCACGUCGCUGUCUUUGGAAGUACAGAAGGAGAGUCGUCCGAUGACAGCCUUGUCGAUUUGGCUGUUGGACUUGGUGUUCGGUUUAUCAAGUUGGGAGGUCUUUCUCGCGGCGAGCGGGUGACUAAGUACAACCGCCUGUUUGCUAUAGAGGAAGAACUUGUCCAGAAUGGAACACUGGGUUUCAAUGAAGAACACACAUUUUUCUACUUGAGUGAGGAAGAUGAAAAGGCUGCCGUGGCUGAUGAGAUGCCCGGGCCCCCGGGGCGCAUCUUCCCCACAGAAGUCGUGGAGGAAUCAGUCAAAACAUGAGCACGCUCUGGACAAGGCUGCACACUCCCCCGCC